AUGAUAUCAGAUAAUGGUACAACCUAUGAAGCCUCGGCAAAGACAAUAGAGUUUCUGACCAAGUCACCGUCAUUAAAUGAACAAUUAAAUUCCUAUGGAACAAUAUGGAAGUUUAUACCAAAACGUGCACCAUGGUACUGUGGUUGGUGGGAAAGGUUAAUAGGUUUGACAAAAAACUGUAUUAAAAAAGUUUUAGGAAAGGCAUUUGUGAAUUUACGUGUACUUGAAACUAUCGUCACAGAAGUGGAAGCUAUUCUUAAUGAUCGUCCGUUGACGUACUUAUCAUCGGAUCCAACGGAUAAUGAACCAUUGACACCCUCACAUUUACUGUACGGAAGAAGAAUCAUGACUUUGCCGUACACCGGAACUUUAGAUGGAAACAUUGAAAAUUCAAAAAACUUAACACACGCAUCAGCUAAUAAGUUGUUACAGAUUCAAAAUCAUAUCAUUGACAAUUUCUGGACAAGGUGGAAGCGUGAAUACCUUACAUCACUUAGAGAACAACAUCGAACUAAAGGAGUGGACAAACAGAACAUUAAUAUUGGAGAGGUAGUUCUAAUACAUGAUGAAACUUCAAGAAUAACUUGA